AUGGGCUGCGCUCCCAGUAUCCACGUCUCUCAGAGCGGGGUGAUCUACUGCCGAGACUCGGAUGAAUCCAACUCUCCCCACCAGACCACUACCAUCUCCCAGGGCACUGCUGCCACGCUGCACGGGCUCUUCAUCAAGACGGAUGCUGCCGAAACCAUUCCCUCAGUCAUCACUUAUCAGAACCGUCAUUCGCGAAACAACUCUUACCGCGGGGACCGCAAAGACAACAGCAGUGCGCACGUCCGCAUCGAGGCCGAGACGCAGACCAGCCACACCAGCGUCAAGGUUUCAGCGACAGAAGAAUGUGUGGGACCAAUGAGAUUGACUCGGGAGCCCAUCCAGGUGCUUCUGGUGUUUGCUAAAGAGGACAAUCAGAGUGAUGCUUUCUGGUGGGCCUGUGACCGCGCCGGCUUCCGAUGUAACAUCGCUCGGACUCCAGAGUCUGCUGUGGAGUGUUUUCUUGACAAGCAUCACGAGAUUAUUGUCAUUGAUGGGCGCCAUUCACGUUACUUUGAGCCUGAAGCUGUCUGCCGGUUGAUUCGUGCCACAAAACCUUCAGAAAAAACUGUCAUACUGGCUGUUGUGCCACAGAUGCCACAUGACCAGGAUGAGCCAUCUGUUCUUCCACUUCUCUGCGCAGGAUUCAGCAGAAGGUUUGUAGAGAACAGCAGUGUGUCGGCUUGUUAUAAUGAACUACUACAGAUUGAACAUGGAGAGGUGCGCUGCCAGUUCAAACUCAGGGCUUGUAACUCAAUCUUCACUGCUUUGGAACAAUGUCAAGAAGCUGUGGAGAUCACCAGUGAGGACCACAUCAUUCAGUAUGUGAACCCAGCAUUUGAACAAAUGAUGGGUUAUCAAAAAGGAGAACUGAUUGGGAAGGAACUGACUGAACUGCCAAAGAGUGACAAGAAUAGGGCUGACCUCCUUGACAGUAUCAACACAUGUAUCAAAAAAGGAAAGGAAUGGCAAGGCAUUUACCAUGCCCGGAAGAAAUCAGGAGACAGCAUACAACAGCAUGUGAAAAUCACACCUGUCAUUGGCCAAGGAGGAAAGAUUAGACAUUUUGUUGCAAUUAAAAGACCUCACAAUGACAACAACAAUCAAAUUCACAAGUUCAACAGGGAGGACAGAUGCAGUGGAGAGAUUUCCCAAUCAGAUUGCUAUUCUUUACGUCACAGAGAUAGGAGGAAAGACUCCAUCAGUUCGCGUGGAAGUGAUGGUAAAAAGCUCCCAGCUUUACAAAACAGAAGAUAUUCCUCAGUUGCCAGAAUCCACUCCAUGACUAUUGAGGCUCCCAUAACAAAGGUGAUAAAUAUCAUAAAUGCAGCCCAGGAGAGCAGUCCUGUGACAGUUGCUGAGGCUCUGGACCGUGUGCUAGAGAUCCUCAGGACAACAGAGCUGUACUCACCUCAGCUGGCCUCUAAAGAGGAUGAUCCCCACACCAACGACCUGGUGGGGGGCCUCAUGAGUGAUGGACUUAGAAAGCUUUCUGGGAAUGAAUAUGUCUUUUCCAAAAAUAUCAGCCAGAGCCACUUGGCUAAUAUUCCAGUCACCCUGAGCGACAUCCCCCCAUUUAUUGCUGAGAUGCUCAAUGAUGAGGAAUGCUGGGAGUUUAAUAUUCUCGAGCUGGAAGCUGCCACACAUAAGAGACCGCUUACAUACCUUGGUCUGAAGAUCUUUACCAGCUUUGGUGUAUGUGAUUUCUUGAACUGCUCAGAGGCCACACUCCGCUCAUGGUUACAGCUGAUUGAGGCCAGCUACCAUUCGUCAAAUUCUUAUCACAACUCCACACACGCAGCAGAUGUGCUACAUGCCACUGCCUUUUUCCUUCGGACAGAAAGAGUGAAGAGUAGUCUGGACCAGCUGGAUGAGGUAGCAGCUCUUAUAGCAGCCACAGUGCACGAUGUGGACCAUCCUGGCAGGACAAACUCUUUUUUGUGUAAUGCCAGCAGUGAACUGGCCAUUCUUUAUAAUGACACCGCUGUGUUAGAGAGUCAUCAUGCAGCACUAGCUUUCCAGCUCACUGCUCGAGAUGGCAAGAACAACAUCUUUAAAAACAUUGACAGAAAUCAGUUCCGGACCUUAAGACAAGCCAUCAUUGACAUGGUGCUGGCCACAGAGAUGACCAGACACUUUGAGCAUGUCAGCAAGUUUGUGAAUAGCAUCAAUAAGCCCAUGGCUGCUAUAGAGGAGACCAGCACGAGUAGUGUAAACAGUGACUGUGAGGGCCAGAUGAACUUCAGGAGUUCUCCAGAGAACAGACUGCUGAUAAAGCGAAUGCUCAUCAAGUGUGCAGACGUGGCAAAUCCCUGUCGACCACUGGAGCUCUGCAUCGAAUGGGCAGGACGAAUCUCAGAGGAGUACUUUGCACAAACAGAUGAAGAGAAGAGACUGGGGUUGCCAGUUGUAAUGCCUGUGUUUGACAGAAACACCUGCAGUAUUCCAAAAUCUCAGAUCUCCUUCAUAGACUACUUCAUCACAGACAUGUUUGAUGCUUGGGAUGCUUUUGCAAGUCUGCCUGGUCUAAUGGAGCACCUGUCAGACAACUUCAAGUACUGGAAAACACUGGAUGAGAUGAAGUGCAAAAGUUUACGUCCUCCACCUCCUUCAUGACCACAUUGAUUUGUUGUGGGCAGAGUUUGUCAAAUCAUGAAUCUCUCCAGCUGUUAUUGGAAAGAAGCUGAUGACAUGAACACAAAAGGAGCCAGGAGCUGGGAGUUGGAGUGAACUUUAUGAGUUCUAUCUCAAAAAUGUGGUUCAAUUCUAUGUUUUUCAACUGAAGACACAUUUCCUACUGAGGCCCAUUGGUGUGGAGCUUCUGUGACCUAUUUUUGUGUUAAGAAGUUCAAAGCAAUGACCUUGCACAUCACCUGACAAUCCAUACAGAACAGUCCACUAACCUGCACUUUAACCAAUCAUGAAGCUUCAUCAAGCUGUUUAGUUUUUUGUCACUGACAUUCAAAUAUGAUAAUUUUUACUUACGUUAAAAGAGUUGGUGUAAAUACAAAGUGGUGACCAAAGCUAAGGACACCUUAAGCUAGAAUUUCCAAAUGACCAACUAAAUGAAGGUGCUCAUUUGCUCAUAAGCUGCAAUAGACUUGACAAUGGUUUGUUCAGUAUCUUAAAGAAUAAACAAGAAAUUGCCUGAGAAUUAUGGACCAGUGAUGGUUAGUUAGUUAUACAUCAUGUAGCCAACAGGGAUGCUGCACUAUAUCAGAGCUUUGAUUGCUACAAAGGUGAGAUUUUCACCAAAGACAGAACACCAACUGUAGAUCAUAAAUAUCAUGUACAAUAGUGUAAUGUUUUCUGUGCCAGAGGUAUCAGGCUCAGCCCUUUUGUCAAGACAGAUGGGGCUCACAUGUCACAUAAUAGAUGUGUUUUGAAGAAGAACAUUUGGGUUUUCCUACCAAAUGUGAAUAAUUCCACAAUCCGUGUAUUGGCUUACAGAGUUUUUAUUAUUUUGUCGUUUUUAGCCUUCAGACUUGCAGUCAUAAACCAGGCUUGCCAUUGCUAAACAUUUCUGCCCUCUGGUGGCUAUAUAUAUGUGUGCGCUAAACUGCAAUAGGAGAGAAAAUUAAGGAUGCGAUGAAUGCUGAUGGAGCAAUGUUUCUAUCCUAAAAUAUUCAUACAAUGCAUCUGCAUAAAUGUGAAUGCUGGGAUGUUUAAAAGUAUUGACGUUAGGAGACAGCAUUAGGGAUAAACAGUAUGAAGGCAGUGACAGUGUUAUAGAUGCCUUACCCUUGGUAUCAUGCUUUUAAAAAUACAUUUUGGUUUAAAUUUAUCUUUCAAGCAAAAGCCAUAUAAAAUUAGCAAAGAAACAGGAUGUGUUUGAUGAAAGGUGAUUUUUUUCUUCAGCAGUUGAUGUGUUAUUGUCACACUGCAUCAGGUAUGGCUGGAUCAUGUGUGUACUGUAUUUUUGUAUAUUUAUUUAAGUUUCCUGAUUUUUAGAGACUAUCUUUAGCUUAUUUAUGAAGUUGCAGUUUUUGAUGGUACAUUAAUCAACGCCUUAAUCCUGCCAUGUCUCAUUUUAGGCCUGCUAUUGAAGCGACACACUGUAAACUACCUAAUGUCCCUGCUGAUUGUCUACAUUAUCGGCCCAUUUAUCAUUUUGCUUUGCACUAUACAUGAACUACUUUUUGUGUUACUAUUGAGCAAGGCAGGGAGGAUUUCUGAAUAAAAUGAGAUUGCUUUUUUAUACAGUGACUUGAAAAACAUCUACAAUUUUAACUGUUUCCAGACAUGUAUUACUGAGGAUGAACAAAUAUUUUUGCUAGUUUAUAGUAGAUUUCUACAUAAAGACAAUUUACAUGUUUCUGAUUGAUAUGCCUUUUGUGAGAGCUGUAUGAGUGGAAUGUGAUGAUCCUGAUUAGGACAUGAAUGGAGCCUGCAAUGAUAUGCCUUCAACAUGU